AUGGACAGCUUGCCGAAGCAGACCCCAGCUCUUGCGGAUCCGGCUACCCUUGCCGGUCCUCGUAGAUGGAGUACAUUGUACACAAAGAAACUUGAUGUUCCUGAAGAGAUGCCUAACAGUGUACAAUCAAGACAAUACACAGAAGACAUUACAAAUGAGAAGCUGAGUUUGUUGAAAGUGGAAAACCAGCUUCAGGGUGGCCAUCUGAAAGAGGUGAUUCUUCAGGCUGAAAAGAAACAAAGUCUGGCAAGAAAAAUGAUGCCAGGGAAACCAUGGGAGCCAUUACUUGAAGAGUCUCCUGCCAACCACUGGCAAGGGGCCAUGGAGUCAUCGUUAUUUCAUUGUGAUAGGUUGAUAAGGAACUGGACUAAUUAA